CUUCGGCUCUGACGGUCGUCUGGUGGGCUGCUUUCCGCUUCGUCUCUCUCCCGUGAGCAAUAUCUCGCCUGCCCGCCCCUUCUUCCCAAGAGAAAGACACCCUCAUCUGCGCUGUACACUCCUGCAGCAACCAACACCACCUCCCCCCCACUGGCAUUCACCCCCCCCUGUCUCUGUCUGCCAAGAUGAUGCGCAUCCAAGAUAUCGUCAACACCGAUCCUACCCCUUCGACUCUGCAGCCUUUGAACGACCAGACUGUGUCUCAGGACGAUUCGAUGGCCACCCCGUCGCAAUCGUCGCUCCUUGGCCAGCACCACCAUCACCACCAUCACCAUCAUCAUCACCAUUACACCCCCGAUGCUCCCGUCUCCGCUACGCCCCAGUCACAUGGAUUCCCGCAUCAGCUCAACCUCAGCCCCAACAGACGACCCUCGCUGCCGCUGCCAAGCUACUUUGCUUCCAACCGCUCGAUCUCUGCGACUGUGGACGAACCGAUCCGUCCGAUGCUGCCUCCGCUGCAGCAGCUUCCCCCUCUGAACCAGCUCCCGUCGUUCCAGCAGCUCCAGUCUCUCAGCCACGGUACCCAUCAGGGUGCCCAUCAGGAUGCUCACAAGUCGUCCGACGCAUCUGCUGCCUCGUCCUUCCACGCCCACGAUGGCGCCUGCUGCUCUGCCGACCACAUGAGCUCGCCUGUGCCGCAUGCAGCUCACUCUCGUCAAUCCCCCAUGUCAAUCAACUCGCCCGCCCUUUCGAGUCGAUCGAUCCCGUACCAAAGCCCCCACGGCCAGUCGCACUACCUCGAGAGACGAAAGAGCAGCGCUGUCUCGAUCGACCUCGCCUCUAUCAACGACAUGGACAUGGAUGCCUGCUACGGCUCGCCGCAGACCCUCAACUCACCCACCUCUGCCAAUCAGACCUCGGCUGGCGCAACCACGGCCUCGGGGGCUUCCAACUUCAUCUGCAACGUCUGCGGUGCCAAGUUUGAGCGUCGCCACAACCUCACCAACCACCUCAUCAGCCACUCCUCCGAGCGACCCUACUCGUGCUCCAUUUGCUCCAUCUCCUUCCGCCGCCCGCAGGAGCUGCGUCGCCACACAAAGUCGCUCCACGGCGGCCCCGAUGACAAGCGCUGGGUCUGCCCCGGAUGUCAGUCGCCCUUUGCCCGAGCGGACGGGCUGCGAAAGCACCUACUCUCCGGCAAGGCCGUCUUGAUCAACUGCGUUGACCCCAAGGAUCCUCUGCGUACCCCCGAUGCCAUCUUCAAAAUCGCCCACGAAGCCAAGCUGCGAGACGAGGGCAAACCUUUGCCCCGAAAGCUCUGAGCGGUCGACCCCGGCUGGCUUUUCCCGUCGUCUCCAGAGAAGGCCCUCACCAGCCCCGCCGACUGUUGAUGGCUCUGGCUCUGGCUCUGGCUCUGGCUCUGGCUCUGGCUCUGGCUCUGGCCAUACCACGGCUAGACACGGCGACGGUGUGAAACCCUUCCCGACGGCAAGCACAGCCUC